AGUUGAACCGGAGUGGGCCGAAUUGGACAUCGAACCGGGUUGGACCGUCCACCAUGUGCUAACCAACCCAGCCAUAAGCUCUUAGCUUGCGGAGGAAAAUCGGAAGCUGCUGCUGCCGCUGCUGCUGAAAGUGCUCGAAUUCGAUGGUCAAUGGAGCUCACGAACGGUGGAGAUUGCCGUGCGAAGCGAGCUGAGAAGGUUGUGAUCUGCGAGCAUUACAGACGGUGAUGUCACCUCACCACCAUGCAGACGACGACGACAAGGUCGCACCACCUUCGCAGGCUAUCCUCGCUCGCGUCGCUGACUCCGCGAUACCCAACUCCCCUCCUCGACUGGGCGCGCGUUGUCUCCACCCGAGCCCAGCUCCAGGAAGUCCUGGAUCGAUUAUACGCCCUCGCUUCGCCCGUUGACGACCAGGCCUUCGCCGCUCUUUUCCACGCUUGUGCCCGCCACAGAUGCCUGGAACAAGGCGAGGCCUUGCAUCGUUACAUGCUUUUGAACCAGAAUGGGCCGCCGGACCUCUUCGUGUCGAACCACCUGGUCAAUAUGUAUGCCAAGUGCGGGGACCUAGAGGGUGCCCGCAAGGUGUUCGAUGAUAUGCCGCACAGAAACCAUGUUUCUUGGACGGCUCUCGUUUCUGGGUAUGCCCAGCAUGGCCGCGGGGACGAGUGUUUUAGUCUGUUCUCGGGCAUGUUGGCCCACCACCGCCCGAAUGAGUUUGCGUUCGCCAGCGUGCUCAGUUCGUGCCGGGAGUGCGACGGUGACCGUGGCCGACAGGUACAUGCGCUUGCCCUGAAAAUGUCCUUGAACGCGUGUCUUUACGUUGGGAAUUCUCUCAUUGCAAUGUAUAGCAAGACAAGUGGCCGCCAAGGUGGUUUCGAUGAGCAAAAAGAUGAGGCUUGGACUGUGUUUAGAAGUAUGGAGUCUCGCAAUCUGAUCACUUGGAACUCAAUGAUUGCAGGGUUUGAGCUCCGUGGCCUUGGAAGACUGGCUAUCGAUCUGUUCGCCCAAAUGCAUACAGGAGGAUAUGGGUUUGAUCGUGCUACACUUCUUGGAAUUUUUUCUUCCUUGUCUGGAAGCAGCAAUGCCAGUGUUGGAUUUGCUCUCAAUUGUUGUCUUCAGUUACACUGUCUCACAGUUAAAACUGGUUUUACCUCGGAAGUAGAAGUGACGACCGCACUGGUGAAGGCUUAUUCAGAUCUUGGAGGGGAUGCCGCUGACUGCUACAAGCUCUUUUUGGAGACCAAUUCUCACAAAGACGUUAUUUGUUGGACGGGCAUCAUAACAGCAUUGGCAGAACGGGAACCUGAAGAGUCCUUCUUCCUCUUUCGCCAGUUGCUUCGAGAGGGAAUUUCUCCAGAUUGGUAUACGUUUUCUAGUGUCCUCAAAGCAUGUGCUGGUCUUAUGACCGAGAAACAUGCCUUGUCAGUGCAUUGUCGAGUAAUUAAAUCUGGAUUUGAUGGGGAUACAGUGCUUGCCAACUCCCUAAUCCAUGCUUAUGCAAGAUGUAGCUGCAUGGCUUCAUCUAAGCAAGUCUUUGAUCUGAUGGAUUCUCGUGAUUUGAUUUCUUGGAGCUCAAUGCUUAAAGCUUAUGCUCUGCACGGGCAAGGUAAGGAGGCAUUGCAGCUCUUUGUACGAAUGAACUUCCAACCCGAUAGCACUACUUUUGUUGCUCUCCUCUCUGCAUGUAGCCAUGCUGGACUGGUGGAAAAUGGAAUUAGCAUAUUCGAUGCCAUGUCUACGGACUAUGAUGUUGCUCCACAGCUUGAUCAUUAUGCUUGCAUGGUCGAUAUUCUUGGAAGAGCUGGGCGUGUUCUUGAGGCACAGGAACUGAUAAACAGAAUGCCUAUGCAACCUGAUUCAGUGGUCUGGAGUGCACUUCUGGGAGCAUGCAGGAAACAUGGAAAUGCAAAAUUAGCAAAAACAGCGGCUAUUAAACUGAAAGAGUUAGAACCUAGUAAGUCCUUGGCAUAUGUGCAACUGUCAAACAUAUGUUGUUCAGGUGGAAGAUUUGAUGAAGCAGGUCUAAUACGAUCUGAAAUGAAUCGGUCCAGAGUGAAAAAAGAACCAGGUUUAAGCUGGAUCGAGAUAGGAAAUCAGAUCCAUGAGUUUGCGUCUGGAGGAUGGAGACAUCCAAUGAGGGACAAGAUAUAUGCGAAGCUCAAUGUAUUUAUUGGGAAGCUAAAAGAGCUGGGUUAUACGCCAGAAACAUGCUUGGCAUUGCAUGACUUGGAAGAGGAGCACAAAGAGGAGCAAUUGUAUUACCACAGUGAGAAGUUGGCUUUGGUAUUUGCAACAAUGAACGAAAGUAGCUUGCCUACAGUUAUUAAAAUCAUGAAAAAUAUCCGUAUUUGUGUUGAUUGCCACAACUUCAUGAAAAUAGCCGCAGAUCUUCUCAACAGGGAGAUAGUUGUGAGAGAUUCAAACCGAUUCCACCAUUUCAAAAGCAGGGUUUGCUCUUGCAAUGACUAUUGGUAACUCGUUUGCACGAUUAGAUUGGAUUAAGAGGCUAUAAUCAGAGUCCCUUCUUGAGAGGAUGUGAGCAACCCCUCCAAGAUUAUAUGGCUGAGUGGCAUUUAAUUUGUUCAGCAUCAUAGCAUGGAUCAACUUAAUCUCGGAGAACUCUCAUGUAGGAUGGUGAUAUUACUGCUGAUGAGGAUGAAAUGUUUGAAUAAGUCCUCGGUCCAAAGAAAUUGAGUUACAUCCGGGGUUUGGGGGACCAGCCAAAAGCCUCAGACAUCUUCUAAUCCGGGGGUCUUGCAAAUGCUAGAAAGUCAAGUUCAGAAAGACACUAGGCAUGCGGAUGAGGCAACAAAAUGGCGAGCAGACAUACAAACAAAUCGAGAUGCUACGAGUAAUGAGCGAAUCCAGGCAAAGUCAACUCGGGAGCUAUGCUUCCAGUAGUAAAAUUUGUAGCUUCAAAACAACGGAAAGUGUCUUAUACGUUCUGGACCGAGGUACAUAGUUAAAGUUCCAACACAGACAUCCAUCAAUACCAAGUUGGUGAAAUUGUUGUUUUGAUCUUUUGGCCUUAAGUCAACGGACACUUGCCAUUGAGAGACGUUGACUGUUGGCAAGUUUGCCUCAAGAAGGUAUCUGGUCCUCAGUUGUUUGACGAUCUAAUCUCAUUUUGCAUGUGUAGUGUGUGGUAAUACAUGAUUUGGACCUUUGAUAUUGCAAAUCCCCAGAAGUGUAAAACAUCGGUGUAUUCAAAUCCAAGUUGUUGAUUUACUAGCCA